ACAGCUUACUCAAGGCAGCAACAGCGCGCGGCACGACACAGAUUUUUUUAAACGCUAAUUAAAUAUAAAAUAAAAGCAUUUAAAAUGGCUUUCGGUGAUGUCAAAACCCCACAGGGACUCAAGGAACUGAACAACUUCCUGGCCGACAACAGCUACAUCAGCGGUUACACACCCACCAAAGCUGAUGUGUCCGUGUUCGAUGCUCUAGGCAAAGCGCCAGCUGGCGACUAUGCACAUGUUGCACGCUGGUAUCGUCACAUUGCCUCCUAUGAGGCUAAGGAGCGCUCCGCCUGGGUAGGUGCUCCACUGCCACAGUUGGCUGGUGCCAAGCCCACAGUCGCUGCUGCAGCCAAGCCCGCCGAUGAUGAUGAUGUCGAUCUAUUCGGCUCAGAUGAGGAGGAGGAUGAGGAGGCAGAGCGUCUGAAGGCGGAACGUGUUGCUGCCUACGCUGCCAAGAAGUCAAAGAAACCUGCGCUAAUUGCCAAGUCAUCGGUCUUGCUCGAUGUCAAGCCAUGGGAUGAUGAGACUGACAUGAAGGAGAUGGAAAAGAAUGUGCGCACCAUCGAAAUGGACGGUCUGCUGUGGGGCGCCUCCAAAUUGAUGCCCGUUGGCUAUGGCAUCAUGAAGCUGCAGAUUAUGUGCGUCAUUGAGGACGACAAGGUCUCGAUCGAUCUGCUGCAGGAGAAGAUUGAGGAGUUCGAGGACUUUGUGCAGUCUGUCGACAUUGCUGCCUUCAACAAGAUCUAAAUAUGAAACAGUAACUUGAAUAAAAUUCAGCAAAGCAUUGUAAA